GAGCAAGUGAGAAAAAUGCGGGAAAUUAGUUUCUUAGCUUGCAAAGAUUAUUUGGAUUUACCUGAAGAUAUAGCGAAGAUAGAUAUGGGAGCUUUGCAGAAAGACAGUGUACAAAAGAAAGAAGAUGCCGAUAAGGGAUUUUCGUCGUCCAAAACUGAAACGAAAACAGAUUCAGAAAAUAGUUGUUGGCAUACAUCUAAAGCUCCAAGUGAAUCAUCCGUACCAACAAAAGCAGUAGAAGAAGAAUCAUUGGUAGAAGCAGCAGCCACAGCAGCGACAGCAUCAGUAGCGUCAGCUGAAACAGCAGCCACGGAAAUUGACGCAGCAUCAGCAGAAGUAGCAGAAACCAUUAAAGCUGCGACUGCUGAAUCAACGAACGUGUCAGCACCUGAAAUACAUACCAUUUCCGAGUCAGAUUUACCCACUCCACCUUGUUCUUUCACACCUUCUUCACUCGACGCCAUUAAUAAUAAAAACUUAGAGGAGAUUGAAGACCUUUCUGCUGACGUUUGUUCUUCGACGAACAAAAGCAAAGAAACAGUACAGGAAGCGAUUUACAAACCACUGAUACUUCCAGAAAUUACUGAGUCAAACGAACACUACCCACCACUAGAUGGCGAUUCUAACUUGAAUUGCGACCCAUCAAACGCUUGUUCGGAUCGUACGAGCAGCAAUCGCGAGGACUCUCCUUUAAUUACCCUUGAUGACACUGAAAACUCGGAUAACCUUCAUGAGGAAGAAACGUUUUAAGUAAAAAAAAGACCUAAAUUGAUUGUAAUUAGACAACUUUUGUAGAGACACUGACCUCUCCACUCAAUGCAACAUGUUCCUCACACAACAUAUACAUACACGCACACACUUAUAUUUAUACAUGUAAAUAUGCACACACUCGCGCACACGUACAUACACACAUAUAUAUGUAUAUAUGUAUGUUUCAAAAGGUGCACUGGAAGGCGUGACAUGUUACCAAAUGUGUUGGGUAAGUUACCAAGUUCCACAAUAACCCUUAUUAUUCCAGUUAAGCCUGCGUGCGAGGUCAGCGCAAAUAUAUAAAAAGAAAACAAAUAACAUGACCUGUAUGAUAUGCUUUACGCAACGUACACAUGUUCAGUAAGCCUACAACCGUUAUAACACAAUGCAUUGGACUUCAUCAGCAAUAAGCUUUCAGUGUUCGUUAUAUAUAUAAAAUAUAUAUAACAUACAUGCAUGCAUGCAUACAUACAUACAUACACACAUACAUACAUACAUACAUACAUACAUACAUACAUACAUACAUACAUACAUUGGUAUCUGCUAUCAUUAGAGGCAGUGCAUUGGCAGACCCUUAUAUCGUCGGAUAAAAUGACUUGCGAUAUUUCUUCGGGUUUUCAAAUUUCUGAGUUCAAUUACCGUCGAGAUUAACUUUAUCUCUCAUCCGCCUGAAGUCCAUAAAAAAAGCACCAGUUAUGGACUGGGGUCGGUGUAAUAGACUAAUCCCGCCCCUACCAAAUUUCAGGCCUUCUGCCUUUAGUAGAAAGGAUUAUUAUUAUUAUUAUUAUUAUUAUUAUUAUUAUUAUUAUAUUAUUAUUAUUAUUAUUAUUAUUAUUAUUAUUAUUGUUCUGCUCUAAUGUUUUGCAGCAUCAGUCUCUAGUAAGUAGUUUUAUUAUAUCAACGAAAAAUAAAUUCCUUCUCCACGCAUAAAAAUAAAGUUUUUCUUUCAACUCUAAACCAUUUUCUGUCACUAUUUUAUCAUAUUACUGAUUUAAACGCAGUUUCCUUGAUUCCAUCGUCUUUUGCAAUAAAUUUUUGAACGAUGAGUUUCAUUUUCAGAUAGAAUAAGACAAUAGUAUUUGGAAUGAAAAAUGAAAUAAAGAUUUCUUCCAUAUGAAUGAAGCUUCCUAUUGAUUUGAUGGGGAAAAA